UAAAUAAAAGUGUUUUUGUAGGUUUUCUUUGGCGUUGUGUGCCUAAACUCAAGCUGUGGCGUGGUCCGCAUCUGAAAAAACCUAAGUUAACAUCCCAUACGACACAGCUUUGCUUCUUUUCGGUUCGCAAAUCGAAGACCUUGGCAACAAGUAAAUUUCCCCUCUUUCCGACAAAAUGCAAAACUUCAAGCAGAGAGGUACGAACAGAGGCAAUCAGCGCCGACCAAGACCAAACCAUGUUGGUGAAGCUGCUCCAGUUGUAAAGCCCGCAGAGGUUUUACCUCUGGACACAAGUAAUGAUGACAACGCCUGUGUGGUCUGUUUCAAGAACUUUGACAUAUACUCCAUUGGUGAUUGCGAUCAUCCUGUUUGCUAUGAGUGCUCGACGCGAAUGCGGGUGCUGUGCCAGCAAAACGAAUGUCCGAUUUGUCGGCAUGUUCUGUCCAAGGUUCUGUUUACACUGGAGAAGCUACCGUAUCGGGAGCUGGAGGCAAAUAGCCGCUCGGACUUCUACAGUAAAAAGUAUCGCAUUGGCUUCUGCACAGCCGAAAUUCAGCAAAAGUUCUUUCAGCUGCUCGAUCAUCCUUGCCCAAAAUGCGAGGCGCCUCCAUAUCGGACGUUUGCAGGACUUCGCAAUCAUGUGCGGAGCGAACACAACUUGCAUUACUGCGAUCUGUGUGUGGAAACUCUGAAGAUAUUCACCUUCGAGCGGCGAUGCUACACCCAGAGCGAACUGAGCUUGCAUAAUAACAAGGGCGAUCCAGACAAUCGCUCCCACCGCGGGCAUCCGCUGUGCGAGUACUGCAAGAAGCGAUACGUGGACAGGGAUGAGCUGUUCCGGCAUUUGCGACGGGAGCACUACUUCUGUCACUUCUGCGACGCCGAUGGCUGCAACGAGUUUUACAAUGACUAUAGCGAUCUGGCUGACCAUUUCCGGCAGGAGCACUUUCUCUGCGAGGAGGGGAAGUGCGCAACGGAGCAGUUCGUCGGAGCUUUUCGCAAUGAGAUUGAGUACAAGGCCCAUGUGGCCAAUAUGCAUGGCAAGUCGCUGAACAAGCAGCAAGCCAAGCAGACACGCACUCUACAGCUUGAGAUUACACUUGGACCGCGCGGACGCAGCGGGCAGAAUGAACAGGGCAUAGCCAAUAUGAGAUCGCGAAAUGAUGAAAACCACGACUAUUUGGAUGAUUUUCCAACGUCGACAUCGCAGCGCGGGCAUGCUGUCAGCAUCGAUGCUGGCAACGAGGAGCAGUUUCCAACGCUACGUGGCGCUGCCACAGGUCCCAGCGUAUCGUUGGUAAGGCCCCCGCCGCCUUCGAUGCGCAAUCUCAGUGGCAGCUCUGGACUGGCACGGACAAAAGAGAACUUUCCAGCCCUUGGCGGGGGCAUCAGUAGUGCUGUAGCAGCUAGUAGUAGCAGUCUAGCGGCCAGAGCUGCUCAGUCCCAACAUCCGGUGGCAGCUGUCUUCAAGAAGUCGGCGAACGCUGUCUCUGGUGCCAAUCGAUCUGUUCCGGCCAAUAACGGAAUGCUUUUGCAUGUAUCAAAUCGUCCAUCGGCGACAAAGAAGCCAGCGACUCCGCAAUUCGAUUUCCCCGCUCUGCCGCCCGGCAAAGGAAAGAAGAACAUGCGCAAUUUGGAAGAGGAUAUGCUGCCUAGUACCUCUACCGUGCCCAUGACGAACCUUUCGGCCAAGCAUCGCACUCUGGUCGAUGACUAUGUGUCGGUGGCCAAUCCGAACACCUAUCACAAGCUCCAAAUGGUUCAAAAAGAGGAAUCCGAAGCUAAGGCACGAGCGGAGGCAAUGAAAAAGAACGCUCCAAAGCUAACAUCAGCCGAGUUUCCCACCCUCGGACCAUGUGCCAGCACCAGCAGGGCGGCCGCCUCAAGGCCAAGCAACGGAUCGGCUGCUUCCUUAAAUUGGUCCAAACCCACAUCGGAGAAAAAACAGCGUGAGCUAGAGAAUCGCAAGGCGAAGGUUGCACCUCCACCAGUGCUGCCGAUCCCCAAGAGCGUUCCAAAGGCCAGCAACAACAACCAAGAGCAGCAGGCAAACAAAAAGGAUAAAAAACCAAAGGACAAGAAGAACAAUCAGGAGAACCAACCGAAGGGCGGCCAACCUAAGCAGAAGGAGAAGAAUAAUAAUAGCGAACAAAAGCCAACAACCAAUGGCACUGCAUCGACUCCGGCGCGUACUCCACCUGGACUCGGUGCUGGACCACCACUCAAGCCGCCGCCUGGAUUUAUCUCAAAUGUUAAAGUUAACUCGGUCGCCAAGUUACCCAAUAACCUGACAUUCACCAGUUCGCUGGGCGAGUCCUAUGACAUUGUACCAAUGUCAUAUUCCUAUACCGAUCCACCAGAUACCACAGCCAGGAAUCAGAAUCUGGUCGACAAGUUCAGAGAGAUACUUAAGACGCCAGAGGCACUGAACGAAUUUAGAUCGUUGUCUUUCAAGUUUCGUGAUGGCUCCUGCAAUGGUCAAGCGUACUAUGAGCACUGCCAGUGUGCAAUGCUGGAUUCAUUUCACGCCCUGUUUCCGGAACUCCUUGUGAUGCUGCCCGACAUAAGCAAGCAACAAGAGCUCUAUUUGGUGUACAAGCAGAAUUUGAGCCAAAUAUCACCCGCCCAGCGCAAAUCUCUACCCAGCCUAGAAGUGUGCGCCGUAUGCAAGCAAGUCCUUUUGGCUGGCGAUAUGGGUAUCCAUCGGAAGGCGCAUGAAUUAUCGCAGAACUUUCCCAAGCUAGGAAGCACAUCCCCGAAUCUACAACGUAACUAAGAGUAAACAGCAGAGGACAACAAAAGCUUUAUCCUGUAUAUUUUUUAUGUAUAUAUUUGAAUGGAUCAUCCACUCGACACGCCCCUGAAUAUGUUGUAUAUGAAAAUCAAAAUUUAAAGAUAGUCCUUCUAUGAUUUGGAACAAUAAGUGGACUGUUUAUGUGACGUUGCAAACGUUUCAUAACCCAAAGUCCUGGCAGUAAUUGCGUUUUUAAAUUUUAACUAGUGAGCUUGUGUGUCUGAAAUACCCGCAACCGAAUACAGUGCAAAUCAAUAAAGUAAUGGUAAUCAGCCCACAGAAA